CUUUUGCCUCCUGGUGAAUUCACUGCGUCUGGAGAACGGGACCCCAGGGGUGGUGGCUAAGUUUAAGACUGUGACCUGUCUGGUCCGGAGCGAGCCUUUGAGGAUCUCAGAGUGGAAAGUGUACUACAAACUCACGCAGACCUCACGCGCAUCGUCUGCAGCUACAGCCUACCUGAGAUGGGCCUGAUUUAUUCCUAACCCUAGCAGGCGAAGCCCCAGGACAGGGCAGAGUUCGGCAUGUAGGGACCACCCGAGACCCGGCUGCGGGCUUUGGGAUAAUCUGAGGAGAUUGUGAAAAGGAGGAUAUCUAGAGUUAAAAGGUCAGAGGUCAGGGUGGCGAGGAGUUGUCGGGGGUGAGAAAUCGGAGGAGUCAAUACACCGUGGACAGAUGUGUGGGUGAGGGGGGUGUGGAGAAAGGCAAAAUCGGGAGGCGUGGUGUCGGAGGAAGCCGGGAGACUUAGGGAAGAAGAGAGGAGGGGAGAGGAAUAUCCAUUCCCUGAGGUCCUUCGGGUCGUCACAGUCCAUCACUUAGCCAGGCCUCCCACGGUUGCAACCCUGCCCCGGGCAGGGUGAGGAGAUCGAUGGCCUCUCCCUCUAGACAGCCCCCGAUUGGGGCGUCAGGGCUGCUGCAAGGGAGUCGGGCUCGGUCUUAUGGAAGCCUGGUGCAAUCAGCCUGCUCACCAGUGAGGGAAAGACGCCUGGAGCAUCAGUUGGAGCCCGGAGAUACCCUGGCUGGCCUAGCACUCAAAUACGGGGUGACGAUGGAACAGAUUAAACGUGCAAACCGCCUUUAUACGAAUGACUCCAUCUUCCUAAAGAAAACCAUCUACAUUCCCAUACUGACAGAGCCCAGAGACCUGUUCAACAGCUUGGAUUCUGAGGAAGAGAAAGAUGGAGAGGAAGAGGUACAUUCAAGGAAGGCUGAAGCUCGUUCACACUCAACUGAGAGGAAGAAACGAGAGACAAGUUCUGGACGUGCCAAUGGUGAAGUGCCCUCUACACCUGGCCACGAAUCACCCCCACCUGUCCAUGACCUCUCUGCCUCUGAUUUCCUUAAGAAGCUUGAUUUACAGAUCAGCCUUUCAAAGAAGGCUGCUGCCCAGAAGCUGAGAAAAGGGGAGAGUGGGGUGCCUGGGGAGCAUGCAGCUGUCCACCAGAGCUCCCCUCGGAUGCAGCAACGAGCAGUCCUAGGUCCGGUGCCGCUGACCCGGACCUCUCGGACCCAAUCACUACGAGAGCAGGAAGAUGAAAUUUUCAAGCUCUGAUGUCCCCAGAGCAGACUGAGAGAAGCAGGGUAUUACAGAAGCAAUUUGAGGGGAGAAGAGCCUGAGGUGAGGCUCAGGAACCCGGCCUCGCUGCCUGCCUCCCUCUACUCCAGCCAUCUUCCCCAGCUUUCUUGUCCAUCAAGAAUUCCACCAUCUGGGGCAAUUAUUAUUGUUGUUGUUAUUGUUUUGAUAGGAAUAGGAGAUGGGGACUAGACUCCUUCCCAUUUCGGGAGCUGAAUCUAGAGUUGUCUUUUAGAUUCAGAAGGC